CUCAGAAUGGGUCGGUUCUUCUGUACCUGGUUUGCCUUGACACUGUUUGGUCUUGCCAAAGGACACAACACUUUUUACGAAGGCUAUGACCUGGCCCUGUCAGGUUACCACCUGUGCACUGUGACAGAGCUGGUAGCUGUGAAUAAUGUGGUCUCCUCUACGAGCUUGCGCACCGAAACGAGACCAUGUGGAGGGUGGUUGCCAUGGAGAAUGUGUAAUGUGGCGCGUUACACCACGACCUUGGAAACCCAGAUCGUCCACAUCCCCAAGCAGGUGAAAAAGUGCUGCGAGGACUAUGAGCAGCUGGGCAGCUACUGUGCGCUGUCCCUGAACAGGAGUGCCGAGUUCACUGCUAAACCUGGACGGUGUCCAGCACAUCCCAGCCCUGCCCCAUCCAUCCAGUGUGAGUGGGACACCGAUUGUCCAGGCUGGCAGAAAUGCUGCCCCUCAGACAAUCUGACUCAGUGCGUGGACCCUCACACACAUGUGAAUAAAAGCUGGUGGCUGAAUGUGACAGUCGCAGUAAAAACAGAGCACAGCUUGGUGAACACGAGCAGAGGCGUCUUCAACCACACACGACUGCUGCACUCCGUGGUGAGCGGCGCCCUGAGCCCUGCUGCAGUGUCCGUGUUCCACGUGCUCUCGUGGCCUGCCGGGCUGUUCUCCACAUCCUCCACCCUGCUUCUCGCCUCCACCCAGAGCUUGUCCUCAUCAGACAUCUCUAACAGGCUCCAGCAUCUACUCCUAAACAUAGAGGAGGUGACUGCCAUCGACGUCAGUGACGUGGAUGAGUGCAGCAUUGCUGUGCUGAGAGAGUGCUCUCCCCAGGCCUCGUGCACCAACACACAGGGCUCCUACAACUGUACCUGUCCUGUUGGAUCCACUGACCAGAAGCCCAGCAGGCCAGGGACCCAGUGCGGUGACACUUCGUCCUCCAGUGGUGUGCUCUCUAACACUAACUUGAUCAGCAUUGGGCCUUUGCUGAAUUCUGGUGCACGAGCUGUCGUGUUCAGCACUCUGUCCACCUCCGGUGCUACACCCAAUGCUGCACCCAGUGCUACACCCAACACUACAGGCACUACUUCCCACCCUCUGGCCAACAAUUUGUCCAACAGUGACUCCCACAUGUAUGCUGUAGGUGUGCAGACUCUUCAAGCCAAGGUGCGUCUGACGAGUGUGUCCUUCACCCAGGCCCUGCUGAGAGAUGACAGCGAAGAGUACCACAACCUCAGCCAGAGAAUUACAAAGGAGACGGUUCGCUCCCUGCCGCCUGACAUCCUACAGCUGGUGCUCUCUGGGAUGGUGAGGGUGUCGGUCACUGGGCUGUCCCCAGGCAGCGUGGUGGCCAAACUCAGCCUUAUCUUCCAAGCCAACAGCACCAAGGACAUCAUGGCAGUGGCCCUGGCUCUGAUGGAGUCUCUGCAGAACAGCUCCCAGUUCAGCGUGGACAGAAACAGCACCUUAAUCAGUGACGUGAACGAGUGUUUGUAUGGCCCGGCUGACUGCUCUCCCUGGGCUGACUGUGAGAACAUCUUUGGGUCCUUCACCUGCACGUGCUUCAGUGGCUACACUGAUGCGGAUCCCUCGAGACCAGGGCGCACCUGCCAAGCCCGUAGCAAUGAGACAGCAUCCAGCUCUGACCAGCUCAUGGUCGGCAUGCCGACCCAGCCGGCAAUAUUUAACACCCUUACAGUCAGCACUGACAGCACAGUGCACCCGAGUCCCCAGAACUUUAAUGUGACCACAGCUGCAGCUGUUCCAGACACGACUACCAUAGACUCGACCUCCUCAACGGUAUCUUCCCUUAUGAUGGGCAACACUCUGCUCUCAAGUUCCACAACAUCCUUAACACCAUCCACCAACCAGAGCAGCACAUCCGUGUCGCCCUCCACCACCGCCUGGACUGUAACCCCUGUCAUCCAGGCAUCUGCCCCGAUCGUCUCCCACACGGAGGCCAUCUCUGUGGAGUGCAGGCUGGGUUUCAUCACCGUAUCGGUAGCCCGAGACUUCCUGCAGCUCAGACACAUCUCGGAGGCAUCACUAUACCUGGGCCAGCCUAUGUGUGGCCAGAGUGAUGGGAACAGCACCCAUGUGAAACUCACCAUGGCCUGGAAUGACUGUGGAGCCUUGGUCUUCCAGGACAACAGCCAGAACACCACGAUUCAGGUGAAGCUCUAUAAUAACUUCACCCAGCGGAUGGCAGCAGGCAGUGAGGAUGUGGCUCCAACCGUGCAGCUGGAAGUGCCCAUCAUCUGCACCUACGUCAAGAGGAUCACCAUCUCCACAGGAAACGACCUCACCGGGUUUGUAGCUUUGGUUGGUGAUGCAGUGAUGGGAAUAGGGACCUUCCCUGUAACGGUUCGUCUGUUGAACGGCACGUCACCCCUGCCCCAGAACUACACCCUCUCCCCCAAGGAUGAGGUCAUCAUAGAGGUGAGGGUGAAUUCAACUGUACCCCAAAUCAAAGUGGUGAUCAACAAAUGCUGGGCCAACCCCACCGCCAACCCCUCGACGACUCCAGUGUACGUCUUUCUGGAAAACAGCUGUCCUGUCCCAGACUCUUACACCACUGUGCUGCAGAAUGGCAACUCCACCACGUCCCUUGUGGCAGUGAACAUCUUCUCACUGGUGGACCUGAGUGUCAUCUUCCUGCACUGCCAGAUCCAGAUCUGCAUUGAGACUCCGCUGGCCACCUGCAGAGCUAGCUGCAUGGGGAGGAGCAGCCGGGCUGCUAACGUCAUAGAAACAGCAAGAGCUUCGUGUGGACCAUUGCUGAAGCCUCACCUCUCAGAGACCCUUCAGGAGACGGCCCAGGACCUUCGUCUUGUUGGCUUUGUGCUGCUGGGCCUCGGCCUGCUCCUCUUCCUCCUCCUCGGCAUUGCUGCACUUUCCUUCUAUAGAAAAAGAAUCGGGAAGUACAACUUUCACUUCAAUUCUCAGCAGGAGAACUUCACCUAUCAUGUUUUUGACACCUAGAUGUUUGCUGGUAUUCGAUUAGGGUGUUUUUUUUGUUUUUUGUUUUUUUUUUGGGGUGGGGGGUUGUUUCAUUUUUGGUUGUUUGGUUUGGUUUGAACCCACAUGCUUCAUAUUAGAAAUUCUGUAAGAUAUUUUACCAUAUUUAAUAAUUUGUAGGUCAAGGUUUACUAAUGCAUAAUUUUAGUAUGCAAUUGCUAUGUUCAUGUCUGUAUAUUUUUAUAUUUCCAAGAGAUAUUAAUUAUAUUCUUUAAAAAAAUUUAUGUAGCUUUGUGUAUCAAUGAUUAAUUUUUUGGCAGCCAAGGCACUCAAGUAUGGUAUGAUUCAAGCUGGUAGAUAAAACCUUACACUGCUUUUCUUAUGAUAGUGGAUCCUUCUUCAAAAUAAAAGUCAUCACAGGUCUAUGUGUCUAAUUGUAUAAAUGUCUUUAACUGUAUAAGUCACCAUACACCAUGUACCAACCUAGUACAGUGCAAUUGAAGCUACUCACGUUUGUCACUUCUUAGAGGGUACUGUUGCUUUAGCUUUGGGGACUUGUGUGUGAUGAUCACUAUUGUAUGAAUUCAAUUAGUUGGUAAACAUGGAAGUUCAAAUACUAAUUUUCAGCAUUGCAUACAAGUCUUUGUUUGCAUAGUUAAAGGCAAAUUAGCAGUAUCAGUACUUGUACAGUUAUUAUUUUAAGUA